AUGAAUCAACAGCUAAUCUCUUGUACGCCUGAGCAAUGCCUAAGCCCUUCAGUAACAUGCCCGAUCCGACCCUGUGGCGAUGGUGCUUUGCUAUCAUAUUUUGAGAGCAAAGUUUAUGGCUCAGAGCACGCCUGCCAAGAUUCUAAUUUGCUUUCUCCCGCCAUUUCAACUUCCGUGGAUCGUAAGCUCGACUCGUGUCAUGCAUGCUCAAGCCUCUCAAUUUGUGAGCAUGCCCAGCUGCACCUCAACCGUCAAUCGGCCUGCCUUCCUCAGUCGCGUCUCGAUUUUCAUGCUGCACCAGACUAUCACCAUUGUCAACCCAGAUACUCACAACAUUCUCACAAAAGAUACGACCACUGCUCUCUUGAUUGUAGCCAAUCCACCUGCUGUUGCCAUUUUAGGCAAAUCCAAUCCAAGAACGGCUUGAUAACUCCAACUUGCGGGUUUAACUGCCGAUUACAUACAAUCUGCCGGGUUUGCCGUAAAUCCGUCAAGGAGAAUGGCUAUUCAGCCACUCAACAUUCUAGUAACAGGCGUAAACUCCAUCAUCGACACCAAAAUAAUCCCCAUCAAGUCUGCUGCUGUCCAACCCAUCUGGUUGCAGUUCCUCUGAAGACGGACGUCAGAUUUUCGGAGACUGAUUGCACUUCCUUGAGUCAUGCUCUAGCCAGACCAUCAUCCUGGUAUGUGCUUCUUUGCUUACCAAAAUAA